AAUAACUUUUGAAAAAUGAAGGAAAUAUUCAUACAAGUUUAAGAGUAUUUUCCAAUUUUCUGCUAUUCCAAACGUGACUUGGCAUAUGUUUUGAGGCGCUGCCUCAAAAUAUGCAACACCUGCCUCAAAAUAUACAACACCAUGUCGCUAUACACUCCGGCGCGUCAUGUUCUGGUUUCUGAUUCCUGCAUCCAGGUGUUUGAGAAUUUGGCAUCACUGUGAAGAUAAGAACGUAUGUCGAACCAAGAAGUCACGUCGCUACCAGCCCGUGUGCAGAUGUGGGAUACCAGUACCAAAACAGAUGCCAUAAGAGGGAAGAAAGGAUUUUUAAUUUGUUUUCGUUCGGUUUUUCAAAAUGAAAUAUAUUUUUCAGGAUACUUUAUGACGAAACAGCAACGAUUUAAUUACUCAUUGUGCAGUAAGAAUAGUCAUGGAUGCAUUGAAUUACGGAGCUUAUAUUGCGUCACAAUAUGGCGGAGAACGAAGCUCGGAUAUGCAUUCGUCGAGUUAUAACUCUCCAUCACAUCACGUAGAUGUUGACGAAAGAGACGUUAAAAAAGAAAAACGACCCGGAAAACUCGUGGUUCGUUUUCCAAGUCACGGCAGUCAUCAAAAUCGAUUGGAUAAUAAUGACACAACACCACUUUCAAGUCCCAGUCCUGGACCAAUGUCUGGCCUCUCAGAAAAUAAUAUGACAAUGCUCUGCAGGUCAAGUUCAGAUUCCAUGGAAUUAGUUCCAGCAUCAAAACGAAGACGAGGCAGACCACGAAAAUUGAAUCCUGAUGGAAGUUAUGCAACUAAUCAUAUCCCGGUAAGGCUCAGUAACAGUAUUCAAACACAGCAGUACAACAGACGAUUAGCAACCGAUCACCCUCGUAAUUUAAUCCCAGAGUUAUGUCGCCAGAUGUUUAAACUCGGGUGGAUGUCUGGGACCGGUGGAUCAAUGACUAUCAGACAGAACAAACAGAUUUUUGUAACACCGUCUGGUGUCUCCAAAGAACGGAUAUUACCGCAGGAUUUAUUCGUGCUCGAUGAUCAUGGAAAUUUACUCGAUUGUCCGAUUCAAGAAAAGCGAUUAAAAAUGACAGACAAUGCUGUUGUAUUCCUUUCUAUAUAUUCUAUGCGAAAUGCAGGUGCAAUUAUUCAUAGCCACAGUCCUAAAGCAGUUAUGGCGACGUUAUUAUUUAAAGACAGAGAAUUCCGAAUCUCACAUCAGGAAAUGCUUAAAGGAAUGUUUAAGGGAAAUUCUGGAGAGCGUUACGGCAAUGAAGAAACCCUAGUCAUUCCAAUCAUUGAGAAUCUGCCUUCCGAGAGAGAUUUGCAACACAGAGUCACCAUAGCAGUUCAGCAAUACCCCAUGUCUAACGCAGUACUUAUCAGACGACAUGGACUCUAUGUCUGGGGGGAUACAUGGCAAUCUGCCAAGUCACAGUCAGAAUGUCUUGACUAUUUAUUCGAACUUGCUCUUGAAAUGCAGAAAUACGGACUCGACCCUGCCGCAAUGCCUUCAGGGGAACAUGGCAUUGUCGACUGAAAAUGUGAACAUUGUUUUUAGACGUGUAAGUUCUGGAGUUUCGAAAUUUCAGAAUAUUCGAAAUUCUGGAUUCUGGAAGGGAUGUUCAGCUUAGUCCACACACACACAUACAUCUGAAAGCUGCAACAUUCCAGGAAACGUUUUGUAUUCCUUACCGAUUCCCCUUUUUCGUGAAAUGAUCAGCUUUUGUAGACGUAUAUUUUUAUAUGCUUAUGUUUCACCUUAACAAUCAGACAUCAAUGGCUGUCAGUAUUUUGUGGUGUGUGAAAGCUCGUCAAAAUGAGAAGGGUUACUCGUCUUUUGAAACUUCUCGAUGGACACCAGUGACUGCAAUAGUUUGAUGGUGUGCAAGGUGGUUUAAAAAGAUGGCAUAAACGAGGGAAUUAGCGACCCAAAUAACUCUGCAGAUAACUUGAGUGGGGGCUCCCGAAGUAUGCGAACCAAGAUGGCGGACAUCGGAAUGUAAUAUGUGUACUAGGUUAGGGUUAGGCCAUAAUUUUAGGUAUAAAUACUACGGGAGGCUCUUGGCUAGUCUUCGAACU